CGUUGGCUGUUCGUUGCCGGAUCCUCCCACACAUGACCCCCGUCCCCUUGUCGGCUCAUCGAAGGCAACGGCGACGGCAACCUCGGCUCGCCGGCAACCAACGCCGUCCGCGUCCCUACCCUGACGCCACCGUCACUCGCUUCCAUUGCUCGCGCCGAUCGUCGCCAUGUUUCAGCGGCGGCUGGCCGCGGUAAUCUUGCUCCUGUUCUCUCGGGACGUCGCCGGCGUCCAAGAGUUCGUGUACGACGGCUUCGCCGCCGGCAAAGUGGUGACCACCGGCACGGCCGUCGUCACCCCCUCCGGCAUCCUCCAGCUCACCAACGACACCAAGGAGACCCUCGGCCACGGCUUCCACCCGGCGCCCCUCCGCUUCCGGGACGCGUCCACGGGCGCGCCCGUCUCCUUCUCCACCACCUUCGUGCUCGCCAUCGCGCCUCGGUACCCGGACGCGCACGGCCACGGCAUCGCCUUCGCACUCGCGCCGUCGGUCAACGUCUCAGGCGCCGUUGCCGGCAAGUACCUCGGGCUGUUCAACACGUCAAACAGCCUGGGCAACGGCCUGAGCCAGAUCGUGGCCGUCGAGCUCGACACGGUCAUGGACAUGGAGUUCCAGGACGCCGACGACAACCAUGUCGGCGUCGACGUCAACAGCCUCCACUCCGUCAACUCGGCCACCGCCGGGUACUGGCACGAUGAUGGCUCCGGUGGGAGGAGAUUCGACAACAUCAGCCUGACCGGCGGCAGCAACGCGCCUGUGCAGGUGUGGAUCGAGUACGAUGGCGACAGCGCGCGCCUCGAGGUGACGCUGUCGCCGGCGGGCGAGCCCAGGCCAGCCCUCCCGCUCUUGUCGUGCCACGUCAACCUCUCGUCGGCCGUCGCCGACGACACCUACGUCGGCUUCUCGGCGGCGAACGGCGCCGCCAUGAGCUCGCAUUACGUCCUUGGCUGGAGUUUUCGCCUCGGCGGAGGCCGCGCGCCGGACCUCGACCUCUCCAAGCUCCCGAGCCCCCCGUCGCCGCGAUCACCCAAGAGGAGGAUGCCACUUCUUCUCCUCCUGGCACUGCUCCUCCUAGCCGUCGUGGUCCUGCUCCUGGUGUCGGCGGCCAUCGGGGUGCUCGUCAUGCGGCGGCGCCAGCAACGCUGGCAGUUCGCCGAGGAGGAUGAGGAAGGAUGGGAGAUGAUAGACUACAGCCCACACAGGAUCAGCUACAAGGACCUGCACGACGCCACCAAUGGCUUCCGCGACGUCAUCGGCGUCGGUGGUUUCGGCCGCGUGUACCACGGCGUGCUCCCGAGGUCCGGCGUCGAGGUCGCUGUCAAGAAGGUGUCCCACGGGUCGCAGCAGGGGUUGCAGGAGUUCCUGUCAGAGAUCACGAGCAUGAGCCGGCUGCGCCAUCGCAACCUGGUGCAGCUCCUCGGGUACUGCCGGCGGCGCGACGAACUGGUGCUCGUCUACGACUACAUGCCCAACGGCAGCCUGGACCAGCACCUGUUCGGCCGCGCCGCGCCGGGGUUGAGCUGGGAGCAGCGCGCCAAGAUCGUCCGGGGCGUCGCCGCCGGGCUGCUGUACCUGCACGAGGGGUGGGAGCAGGUGGUGGUGCACCGGGACAUCAAGGCCGGCAACGUGCUCCUCGACGCCGACAUGAACGGCAAGCUCAGCGACUUCGGUUUCGCGCGGCUCUACGACCACGGCGGCGACCCGCACGCGACGCACGUGGUCGGCACGCUCGGGUACAUCGCGCCGGAGAUGAGCAAGACCGGCAUGGCCACCACGAGCUCCGACGUCUUCGCCUUCGGAGCCUUCCUGCUCGAGGUGGCGUGCGGCCGGAGGCCCGUGGUGUUCACCGCGGACGCCGACGGCGACUUGCCGUCACCGGCGGGUAUCGUCGAGCUCGUCCUCCAGCGCUGGAAGGCCGGGAAGAUCACGGAGGCUCGGGACCCGAGGAUCGGCGAGUGCGACGAGGACGACCUGGAGCUGGUCCUCAAGCUGGGGCUGCUCUGCUCGCACCCUGACCCGGAGCGCCGGCCGGGCAUGAGGCAGGUGGUGCAGAUGCUGGAACAUGCCGUGCCCCCGCCAGAGAUGUCGCCGGAGGUUAUCAGCGAGAGCAUGAAGCAGUUCGAGCACCAUGAGGCUUUCGACGAGUUCGUCGGAAUGUCGUUCCCGUCGACGUCCGAGGUCACCACCGCCACGACGCGGCAAUUCUCAAACGGCAGCCGUCCUCGUAGUGACUUCCAUUCAAGCUAGAUUAGCAAAUACAGCCGCAAGCAGUACGUUGUGAAAAUUUUAACUUGUGUAAACAUCUGAACUGAGAAGAACAUUUCUAAUUUUCCA